CCACCCGCACGAAGGCAGACGUGUGGCCCAGUUUUUUCCACCCGGAACUCGCCCGGCCUGCAGGCAUUUCUCACAUUUUUGGCUGAAGAACUGAUGGCAAAUAAUGUCAACUUCUAAUAACAUAGCACAGGCCCGGAAGCUGGUGGAGCAGCUGAGACUUGAGGCUGGAAUAGAGAGAGUUAAGAUCUCCAAAGCUGCUGCAGACCUUAUGAACUACUGUGAGCAACAUGCCAAAAACGACCCUCUGCUGGUUGGAGUGCCAACUUCGGAGAAUCCAUUUAAAGAUAAAAAGCCAUGCUCCAUCUUAUAAAUGUCAGUUUCUGGACACCUCUGUGGUUCUCAACCAGCUAUAGAUGUGUGAUGCAAAUAUUUGGAUAAAAUCCAGUUUAUUAGUAACCUGGAGAUAACUUGGAUUACUUAAUGUUUUUGCACAGUGCAAAACAAAAGAAAUAAGAAUUGCAUUUACAAGGACCAGACCCUUAGAGAUAUUUUGAAAGGGUGCCAUUGUGUUGUUGUUAAGAUGGCAAAUGAAAUAACUGGUGUGUUAGCGUGUUAGUUUCUUUACUGGUAUUUUUUUUUUUUUUUUAACGAUCUCUUGUAUGUGUGACAACGGAAAGCUGGCAGUAAUGUAUUCUGCAAGGGUUUACAGUCCGUAUAUAGGUCAAUUAUCUUUUGUACUAAUUUAAUUACAAUAACAAAAUUAAGAUACCUUAUAUGAAUCUGAACACUCCCAGAUCAUGUGCAGGCAUUGUCAUAAUUAUUUUAUCAUUAAGUCUUCAAGCAGAGAAGAAAUAUAAAAAAGGGGCAACUUUAAAUUUGAUGUAUAUUCCUGUAUGACAGUGUGAUUUAUAUUCUUCUUAAUGAAAUCACCUUCCGUAUUGACCUUUCAAGCAUCACUGAUUAUAGCCUUUUUGUAGUUGUUGUAACACUUCGAAUUUAUUAAGUGUGCCAAGAAUUUGCUGUAGCUACAUACAGCAGGAUUUUUUAUAAUUGUGUUAUGGUCUGGAACUUAGUCUUCCCUGUACCACUCUUAACAGUAUCGGGCAUAUCAAGUGCUUUGGGAAAUCUCCAUAUUGUACAUGAAUAUGGUACUUUAGGGUUACUUUCCAGGUUCAAAUGUGAGAAAUGCAUGGGAAUAUUUCCUGUUCCUUAAUUAGAUGUUUAGAUACAUAAAUGAGCUAAAUGGUACAUGUUAAUUCUGCUGUAGGUGCUAGUGGUAUGUUUUAUUUGUGCCCUAGGUGAGUAGCAGAAUUUGUUCUAAAUACCAAGAAUACUUAUAUUUGUUGUUCUUUUAGUUCAAAGGAGGGUAUUACGAUUCCACUAAAUAACUAUUGGUAUUAUGGGCCAAGCUAGGUUUGUUUCUAGGGAUUUUGCUGGAGCAAAAAAAAAAA